GCCUGGUCAUCGGCAUGAACGACAUCGCUUCUUCCAUCCUGAUUGAGUACCCAGGAAAAAUCUCCAUCACACAGCUCUUGUCCACCGCCCUCCCCUUCGCCGUUGGCUGCAUCCUCACCGCCGGCUUCCUCGAACCCGCCGUACGACGUUUCCGAACAUGCGGGUUGCCCAAUAUGGUCCUCUUUUUGACCAAUAUCUUGAUAAUCUUGCCCGCCCACAUCGUCUUGAAGGACUCAGCGAUCAGGGAAACAACAACACUCCCCCUUUCCGUCGCGGUCGGGUUUGCCAUGGGCGUCGGUCAUGGUGUCUGUCUGAGUACCGUCCUCCUUCUUUGCAAGAGGGCAGCCGUCACGCCAGGCACGGUGUACGGCAUGGUUGCGCUGGGGUCUCUGCUUCUGACCGCGGCAGCGGCUCUCGAUGCAGACAACCAGCGAGCCGGCGGACAUAUAAAGCAGCAACACAUGAUUGUCUUGAGCAUGGUCGUGAUCGCCAUGGUGCCCCAUUUCCUAGUCGGCAAGCUCCCCCCCAUGGCUCGCGCGUCCGAGCAGGGAGGAGAAGAGACCGAGCUGAAUCCCAAAGACGAGGAGAAGACCGCUGCGGAAAAGUACAACCUCGUCGCUACCUCUCCGUCCUUGCCCAACAGCACCAGCGGCUCCUACUACUACCCGCCUCUAGCAACCCGCAACACAAUCCUCCUCGCCUUCUUCUCCCUCGCCCACCACGCCUUCGCGACCGCCGUCCCCACCUGGGUGGUCUCGUCGCCGUCGCCCUCCAAGUACCAACCACAGAGCGCACAUGCUGCUGACGGGGACCGGUCUUCUGUGCCCGAGCACGUCGCAGCCAUCGUCUUCUGGACGGGCCUCGCCGUGGGCCGGUUUGCGAGCUCGUCAUUGCGCGAGGGGGGUGUCCUCCUCCUCCGCCGGGGGCCCAGCGGCAUUAAGUGGCCCGUGUGCGGAAUGCUGGCGGUCGCCUAUCUCCUGGUAUUUCGGUUUUACUGGGCUUUCACUUCGCCUGGAGACGUGGUCUUGUCAUUGCUUACUUUUGGCUUCUUCCUGGGGCCAGUGUACCCCUUGGUGCUGGGUGUAUUGCUGGAUGAGAUGGGUGAGCACGAGAUGUUGGGUGGCGUGAGUCUCCUUGUUGCGUUUGGGAGCUCAGGCGGGGCCGGGGGCUUGGUUGGCAGUCAGCUGGUUGCACAGUGUGCUAAGACGCCGAUUGCGUGGCAUUACGUUGUUGGCCUGGGCCUUGUGGCAGGUAUGGUGUUGUGUUUGAUGGGCUUGCGGGAUGAGUCGGCCAACAACGAGGAGGCAGCGGAGGCUGCUUGUUAUCCAUGAUCGAAAGCUGCUCGGUGGCCUAUGCAGGAGGAAUUUGAGAUCCAUGGAAUGCGUCUAUGUCUAUGGCUCUAUUUUUGAAUGCAUCCCCUCAUAUCCAAUGGCCCUCAUCAGAACAGGUCCUCAUUUUCG